CUUCAUUUAACUAGUACAAACAUUCUUGGAAUACAGUUGUUAUUGAUUUUUAUUAAAAUUUAAAUAUUUUAAGAUCUCAGUAUAAAUACUAGUAACAAAAUUGUAAACUUCAUCAUUGUGAUCUUUACAUCUGCAAUAUGAAAUUCUACGCCUUAUUCGCUUUGGUUUUGGCCCUAAUUGCUGUGGCUUUGGGCAAUCCGAAUCCUAAUCCUAAACCUUUAGGUGGUGGCGGAGGAGGCGGCGGUGGUGGUGGUUUCUACGGAGGUGGUGGUGGCGGCGGAGGCGGUGGUGGUGGAAAGUAAAUUUUUACCCCAAUCUAACUCAUGUUUAAAGAUUUACUUAAUGUUUAAAAAUAAAAUAUUGAAAUGCUAAAA